AUGCUGAGCGUGAUACGUGUGCAUCUUCCAUCGGAUAUUCCUAUUGUUGGCUGUGAGUUAACGCCGUAUGUUCUUUUACGGCGACCGGAUAAGACUGUUACUACCGAUGACGUGCCUGAGUCUGCCCCUCUUGACGGUCAUUUCUUGAGAUACAAGUGGUAUCGGAUACAGAGUGAUAGAAAGGUUGCUAUAUGUAGUGUACAUCCAUCUGAGCAUGCCACACUGCAGUGUCUAGGCUGUGUUAAGGCCAAAUUACCUGUUGCCAAAAGUUACCAUUGCUCCCCCAAGUGCUUCUCUGAUGCAUGGCAGCAUCAUCGUGUUCUACAUGACCGUGCUGCAAGUGCUGUAAAUGAAAAUGGAAAUGAGGAGGAAGAGUUGUUUGGGCGUUUCAAUAGCUCAGGAUCUGGAGUUAUUAAUGCUAGUUUAUCUGGUUCUGCAUCUAGUGCUAGCUUGACAAAUGGUUCCACACCUUUGUAUCCUGCAGCAGUAACACAAAGGAGCGGUGGUGAAACUUGGUUUGAAGUUGGGCGUUCUAAAACAUAUACACCAUCAGCUGAUGAUAUUGGCCAUGUCCUCAAGUUUGAAUGUGUUGUGGUAGAUGCAGAAACUAAACUACCUGUAGGACAUCCAAACACACUGCUAACUUCCCGUGUCAUUCCGGCUCCCUCGCCAACUCCUCGUCGUUUGAUCCCAGUUAGUGGACCUGAUGCAAUGACGCCUUUAGAUCCAGAUGGUCGUAUCUCAUCAACAGGAACUUUUACUGUGCUUUCAUACAACAUUUUGUCUGACUUGUAUGCUACAAAUGACACAUACAGUUAUUGUCCUUCAUGGGCUCUUUCUUGGCCAUAUCGUCGACAGAACUUACUGAGGGAAAUAGUUGGCUAUCGUGCAGACAUUGUUUGUCUUCAGGAGGUACAAAGUGAUCAUUAUGAAGAAUUUUUUGCCCCUGAGCUGGACAAGCAUGGUUAUCAAGCCCUAUAUAAGAGAAAAACCAAUGAGGUUUACAAUGGAAAUACCCAUACGAUUGAUGGCUGUGCAACAUUUUUCCGCAGGGAUAGAUUUUCACAUGUUAAAAAAUACGAGGUUGAAUUUAACAAGGCUGCUCAGUCUUUGACUGAUGCAUUGGUUCCAAGUGCUCAAAGAAAAACUGCUCUGAAUCGAUUAGUUAAGGAUAAUGUUGCGUUAAUAGUUGUUCUGGAAGCAAAAUUUAGUAAUCAAGGAGCAGAUAAUCCUGGAAAGCGGCAGCUACUUUGCGUUGCAAAUACACAUAUAAACGUCCACCAGGAUUUAAAGGAUGUUAAGCUUUGGCAGGUCCUUACUCUCUUGAAAGGAUUGGAGAAAAUAGCUGCUAGUGCUGACAUUCCUAUGUUGGUAUGUGGAGAUUUCAAUUCCGUUCCUGGAAGUGCACCCCAUUCUCUUCUUGCCAUGGGUAAGGUGGAUCCGAUGCAUCCGGAUUUAGUAGUAGACCCUCUUGGAAUCUUACGGCCUCACAGCAAGCUUACACAUCAGCUGCCACUGGUCAGUGCAUACUCAUCUUUUGCAAGAGUGGGCGUUGGUCUUAGUUCUGAUCAUCAGAGGAGGAGAAUGGACUCCACAACAAAUGAACCUUUAUUUACGAACUGCACUAGAGACUUUAUUGGCACCCUAGAUUAUAUAUUUUACACAGCGGACUCUUUAACUGUGGAGUCCUUGUUGGAACUCUUGGACGAGGAAAGCUUGAGGAAAGACACAGCCCUUCCUUCUCCAGAGUGGUCUUCUGAUCAUAUAGCACUUCUUGCUGAAUUUCGUUGCAAGCCUAGACCAAGACGUUGA